UAGGCCAAGAGUUCUGCAAGCCGGGAACACGUGUUAUCUCUUGCGAGGAGUUUAAGUGUUCUGAGGGUGCGGGGUUUUGUAAUCUACUGGCUUCUGCCAGCUCAGAGUCUCCCAGUGAGAUUGCCGAUCACAUCUCAGAAAGAAAAGGACCUCCUUUCUCCUGUGCUCUAACGGAGGGUGAGCUUCUCAGCUGCAAGUUUUUCUGAAUUUAGCAGGCCUUGAAUUUGCUUUGUUUUCGUCAGCUUCCAUGUGUGUGCACACAUCCUAAUACCCAAGAAAGCUGUGAACCAGAGAUCCCAGAAGAAUCCCUAGUGAUGAAGCUGAGUCUCAACAAAGUCGUUAAUGGCUGUCGUCUAGGAACAAUUCAACACCUGGGCAAAGCAGGGGACUGCACAGUGGACAUUCCAGGCUGCCUUCUGUACACCAGGACUGGCUCUGCCCCACACCUGACACAUCAGACACUGCAGAAUAUCCAUGGGGUCCCAGCCAUGGCCCAGCUCACACUGUCAUCCCUAGCAGAACAUCAUGAAGUCUUGGCAGAGUAUAAGAAAGGAGUUGGAAGCUUUAUAGGCAUGCCAGAAUCGCUCUUCUAUUGUUCCCUGCACGAUCCAGUCAGCCCCGGCCCAGCUGGUUAUGUAACAAAUAAGUCUGUGUCUGUGUGGGGUUUCGGAGGUCGAGUAGAAAUGACUGUUUCCAAGUUCAUGGCAAUUCAGGAGGCCCUGCAGCCAGAUUGGUUCCAGUGCCUCUCGGAUGGAGAGGCAUCUUGUGCAGAAGCAACGUCCAUAAAAAGGGCCCGGAAGUCUGUGGACCGGUCCCUUCUGUUCCUGGACAGCUGUUUGCGGCUACAGGAAGAGUCUGAGGUCCUUCAGAAAAGUAUGAUCAUUGGAGUGAUUGAAGGUGGAGAUGUAAUGGAAGAGAGGUUGAGGUCGGCACGAGAGACAGCCAAGCGACCUGUUGGGGGCUUCCUGCUGGAUGGCUUUCAAGGGAAUCCAGCAGUCACAGAAACCAGACUGCACUUGCUGUCAUCAGUCACUGCAGAGCUGCCAGAGGACAAACCAAGGCUCAUCUGCGGUGUCAGUCGGCCAGACGAAGUUCUUGAGUGUAUUGAAAGAGGAGUGGACUUGUUUGAGAGUUUUUUUCCAUAUCAAGUGACCGAGCGGGGCUGUGCCCUGACUUUCACCUUUGAUUGCCGGCUGAAUCCUGAGGAGACAUUAUUGCAACAAAAUGGAAUCCAAGAAGAAAUAAAAUGCUUGGAUCAAAUAAAGAAAAUUGAAGCAACUGGGUGCAACCAAGAGAUGGCGUCAUUUGAAAUUAAUCUGAAGGAGAAAAAGUACCGGGAAGACUUUCGACCGCUCGUAAGAGGGUGCUCCUGUUACUGCUGUAAGAACCACACUCGUGCAUACGUCCACCAUCUGCUGGUGACCAACGAGCUGCUGGCCGGUGUCCUGCUUAUGAUGCACAACUUUGAGCACUACUUCAGAUUUUUCUGCUCUAUCCGAGAAGCACUAAAGAAUGACACACUGGCACAGCUGAAAGAACUCAUCUGCAGACAAAUGUCUUAAGCACUGGAAAAUACAAGCCUGUCUCAUCUCCAGAAACAGUGAAGUGGCAGAGAUCUGAGCUUUCGGUGGUUAUGGUGGGACCAAAGAGCAUCUGCCCUACACUGCCCACAAGAGUGUGGAGGAAGGCCUUCUGCAGAUGUCAUGGACCAGAUUGAUCAGAACUGUGACUUUAAAUUUUUAGGUUAAAAAUCUAGGUUUAUCCUACUAGUGGCUAGAUUCCUUUAGUUGAAGACAAAAGUAUUAGCUCUGAGAGAGACUUGAAAGGCUUUGAGGUUCUAGAAACCAGUGAGAUGGUAAAGCCCGAGUAGAGAUGAUUGUCAUAGCUGGAGGCACAGCUAUUCUCUGGAGAAGAAGUCUAGCCAAUUCCACAGGGGUUUCUUUGUUUCUCCUCAUGCUCUCUGGGGCUUUGGGGCACACCUUUGUCCUCAGGGCUACCACGGCAGGACAGUCACUCAGAUUUCUCCUGCCUUAACCAUGUUCAUCUCUCCAAGGACUAUGGGGUGCAAAUCAUGCUUUUGUGAUCCAUUGACUUCAUUGGGCUACAAGUCUCUUUGUGACUUGUCUUCUAAAGCCACCAUACUUGCAUGUCAGGAACCAGAUAUUGCCUGGCUGCUUUGUCUGUUUGUGCAGAUCCAGCAUGACAUGCUCUAGGCUCAUAAACUGUCUAACUGUGUAAUGACCAGCUCUGUCACUCGGGGAGAUUCCUUUGCUGUGUGUUUAUGUGGCCAGAAUCUUGGCCUGACAGCACAACAGAUCAGUUUCUCUUCCACUCAGCUGUAAACUUAGGCAAAUCCUGACUCUUUCUGUGCCUGUUCCCUCAAGAGUAAAGGGGAAAGCACAGCAGGUGGAAGCAAAAUGUUCAGUCUCUGUUCUCUCUCCAUCCUUGGUUACUAAUCACUGUCGGCGACCCUUUUUCAAAACUAUCUCUCUCUCUCUCUCUCUCUCUCUCUCUCUCUCUCUGUUUUUUGUUUGUUUUGUUUUUAUGCAGCUAUAAGUUUGUCCUGUGGAUUUUGAAGUGAUUGGUGAUUUGGCAUUCUGCAGACCCUAAGGCUGGUUGUCCCUCCUUGGUUCUCUGUAAUUCUGUAUUUUGUUGUUGUUGUUGUUGUUGUUGUUGUUGAUGGCAUGACAGGGCCUUUUUUGUGUGUGUCUUUUCUAUAUUUAUCAAUUUUUCUAAGGAUUCCACAAAACAUAUAUGUAUAUACAUGUAGUUUUUAUAAAAAAUAAUACAGUUUAAAAGAUUCAUCUUUGUAUGUAUAAGAAAUGCAUUUCUUACAUUUUAUUGGUUUUCAAUUUAUAGUGGACAUUAUUGAACAUUGUAUGUAGUAAUUAUGUAGUUACUGUAUUUUUAUGUGUUGGAAAUCCAAUGUUGUUUUUCCUUUUUUGUGGAAUGACUUCUUGAUGAAUGCAAGGGAUUCAUAGAAUGCAGACACAGAGACCGGGUUUCUGUUCUCAAUAAUCUACAGUGAAUGUAUUUUGUGCUUGUUUAUGUUUUAUUCUUGGUCAAGACCAAACCCAUUAUUGAAGGAUUAUUAGUAAAUAUCUAAGAAUCCAUAUAAAUUUAUGAGUUUUAUUUAUGUCCAAAACACUGAAAAUUCUGUUAAACAUUGUUCAGUUCCCUGGGUCUUUUUCUUAUUAGCACAUUUGAAAAAAUUAUUUCCUUUUAUGUUGUAAAUGUAUGAAAGGCAACAGCCAAUAAACAUUUUUAA